AUGCAGAACCUGGUAGGCAAGUCUCCGCGCGGGUACCGUUCACCCUUAUAUCAGCUCCGGGAAACGACGCUUGACUUGCUGGAGGAGUUUGGAUUCGAGUACGAUGCUUCUCUAACAGACCAUGAUUGCCAGCCCUUCUGGGCCCCGAAACGCCCUCCCCUUGAGCCUAUCGACUUUUCCAAGCCAGCGGCUACCGGGUGCACCUGA